UCCCAGCCUUGCCUCGGGUGUAGGGAUUGCAUAGGAAAAAGAGCAAAACUACACAGCUACACUGUGUGGUUUUGUUUUUUGGAGUUUCUUUGAGGCUAAACUGUUCUCACAUUGGAUUUUCUGACAUUUCUGGAUAAGGAGAUUGUUUCUGAAGAAAUACAACUUCUGGGCUUCGCCCCAUCAAAUCUAGGCACUCUUGUGGAUACAAGGUGCCGUCCACAAUGUCUACACAGGCGCCAACAUUUACACAGCCGCUGCAAAGCGUUGUGGCACUAGAGGGUAGUGCUGCAACGUUUGAAGCACAAGUUAGUGGUUCUCCAGUUCCUGAGGUGAGCUGGUUCCGUGAUGGCCAGGUUCUUUCCGCUGCCGCUCUGCCCGGCGCACAGAUCUCGUUCAGCGAUGGCCGCGCUGUUCUGAUGAUCCCUGCUGUGACAGCCGCACACAGUGGAAGAUUUUCUGUCAGAGCCACCAAUGGUGCUGGACAAGCCACUAGCACCGCUGAACUUCUUGUUACAGUGGAGACUGCGCCGCCCAAUUUUAUUCAGAGACUUCAGAGUUUGACCGUGAGACAAAGAAGCCAAGUGAGACUGGAUGUUCGUGUGACAGGAAUCCCUACACCUGUGGUAAAGUUCUACAGAGAGGGAGCCGAGAUACAGAGCUCCGCUGACUUUCAGAUUGUUCAAGAAGGAGACCUUUACAGUUUGUUGAUUGCCGAAGCCUUCCCAGAGGAUUCUGGAACUUACUCUGUAAAUGCUUCAAACAGCAGCGGACGGGCUACCUCCACUGCUGAACUGCUGGUUCAAGGUGAAGAAGCUGUGCCUGCCAAGAAGACUAAAACCGUAAUUUCAUCUUCCUCUCAGAGGUCUUCCUCUCAGAGUCGCCAGACCAGAGUUGAGACAAGGAGUAUGGAGGCUCAUUUUGAAUCCUCAUCCAUGCAAAUGCAUGUUGAAGGUGGUGGAGUGAGCCAUCUAGCACACAAGACCCCACCACGUGUGCCCCCUAAGCCAACCUCAACCUCCAAGUCCCCAACACCAUCAUCUCUUGCAGCCAGAGUGGCAGGGGGACGUCAUCAGUCACCAUCACCUGUGAGGCAUGUCAAGGCGCCCACUCCGGCCCCUGUUAGGUCAGUAUCCCCCACUUCUAGACUGUCUGUGUCCCCAAUCAGACCAGUCAAAUCUCCACUGACCACACGCAAACAGGUAGCCCAUGGUCCUGAUGUCCUCCCACCAUGGAAGCAGGGAGACUUUGUUGAAGGGUCCAGCAGCUAUUCCAGCAGCAUGACUUCCAGUGCCACCCAUGCCCAGGCCUCCAUGUCUGCCACCCAUGCCCAGGCCUCCAUGUCUGCCACCCAUGCCCAGGCCUCCAUGUCUGCCACCCAGGUUCACAUGGAGCAGCGCUGGGAGGGCUCUUAUGGAUUGCAAACGGCUGGGUCCGCUGCAUCUGGUGUCGCUGUGAGAGAGGAGGUGCAGCAUGAGGUGGACGAUAAAAGCAUUGCUGUAGCUACUGUGGUAGCAGCUGUGGACCAGGCUCGCAGCCGCAAGUCUGCUGGUUUUACACCAGAGCCGGUGCCGGUGGUGACAGCCAGUGCAGAGACACAGAGCACCUCUAGCACCUCUACUGCUGUGUUCAUGUCCACAACAAGGGAACAGGUUGAGGGUGGGAAAAAAGCAGAGGCAAAGGCUACAGUGGUUGCUGCUGUCGACCUAGCACGUGUUCGGAAGCCUUUGCAUGCUGAGGGGGGCCAUGCUGAAGAGGAAACCAUACAAUCUGAUUUAAAACAGCAGAUGAUGAUGGCUACCACUGAGCAACAAGUCACAGUGAAAACUGAGGCUGCAACUGUGCCAAUGGUGCAAAUACCAAUAAUACCACCACCAUCAAUUCAAACAACAUCUGAUGAACAGAGUAUUCAUGUUACCCAGAUACAAAGAAGUAGAGAAACUACUACCGCCCACAUGGAAACUGCCCUCGCACCAUCCCCAAUUCCACAUUUCACAGUUUCAAAAGUUACUGUUCCUAAACCUGACCAUAGCUAUGAGGUUUCGAUAGCAGGUUCUGCUAUUGCCACACUGCAGAAAGAGUUAUCCUCUACCUCUGCACAUGCUGCUCAAAAGAUCAUCAAGCCAGUCAAGCCUCCAUCUCCUAGUCUCCACCGUAAGGUUGUGGACGUGAUGCCAGCGCCAACCAAGUCUCCGUUUAAGGAUCUCUCCGAGAGAUAUAAGACUCAUUUCGACACUCAGUUACAGACUCAGAUAGGCGCUACGUUUACAGGGGAAACGGAGCAAAUGUAUAAGGAUUUGGAAACAAAGAUCGUUGAGACUGCAGCAGUUCCAGCCCCUGCAGAGGAGCCAGUUGUGCCACCUACUCUUGUAGCUGGCUUAAAGAACCUGACUGUGACUGAGGGUGAGUCUGUGACUCUGGAAUGCCAGAUCUCUGGUCAACCUGCCCCUGGCAUCAUGUGGUUCAGGGAGGACUACAGAAUUGAAAGCUCCAUUGACUUCCAGAUCACUUAUGAGAGUAAAUGUGCCCGUCUGGUCAUCCGCGAGGCUUUCGCAGAAGACAGCGGUCGCUUCACUUGCACUGCUACUAGCAGUGCUGGAACUAUCAGCACAUCCUGUUACCUGCUUGUCAAAGUAACCGAGGAGAUUGAGACCCGGGAAGAGAUGACACAACAAGGCACUGUCACUGUAUUUGACCUUACUACUCAAGAGAAACUUUUUACUACUGAAGCAAAGGAGGAGACCAUGUCGGAGGUGAGCUCUGCCAUUGCCACCGCAGGUUCACCAGUGGAUACUGCAGAUGCCAUCGCUCCCUUCUUUGUCAAGAGGCCAACUGUACAGAAGUUGGUGGAGGGCGGACGUGGUUUUGAGUGCCAGAUCGGAGGCAGCCCCAAGCCACACAUGUUAUGGAAGAAGAGUGGAGUGCCCCUUACUACAGGAUACAGAUAUAAAGUCCACUACGAUAAGGAAAGUGGAGUGUGUAAAUUGGAGAUCUCCAUGACAUUUGCUGAUGAUGCUGGAGAGUACUCAGUCUUUGCCAGGAACCCGCUUGGAGAAGCCUCUGCCUCAGCUGGACUGCUGGAGGAAGGGGAAUAUGAAGAAUACAUGAAGAAACAUGAAAUGACAUAUAAGAGUGAAGUAAUUACAACGGUGCAGAUGGAUGUACCCCCUGUUGUUGUGAGCGAAUAUGACGACGACCAGAUGUAUAGGCAGAGGAGAAUGACACAGCAAGCACAAACACAAAGCUUUGUUUCAACACAGGAACUCCAGAUUUCUUCCUUUGAGGAGAGGAUUAUCCACGAGAUUGAGAUCCGCAUCCUGCAAAUUACCUACCAACAGAUUGUGACUGAGGAUCGGGAAGAGAUGGUGACUUGUGCAGAUCGUGAGGCUUUACAGUCAGCCUUUGCAACUCCAGUUAAAAACUACAGGAUCAUAGAAGGAAUGGGUGUUACUUUCCACUGCAAAAUGGCAGGAACUCCACUGCCCAAGAUUGCGUGGUACAAAGAUGGAAAGCGUAUCCAUCAUGGUGGCCGUUACCAGAUGGAGAGUCUUCAUGAUGGUAGAGCCAGCCUGCGUCUUCCUGUGGUGCUGCCAGAGGAUGAGGGUGUUUACACAGCAUUAGCCAGCAACAUGAAGGGCAACUCUGUGAGCUCAGGGAAACUGUAUGUGGAGCCCACUGCCAUUGCAGGAGCUCAGCGUUACACGCCUGAACCUCAGGCAAUGCAGAGAAUUAGGUCCCAGUCCCCAAGAUCUCUGAGUCGCUCUCCCGGACGCUCUACUAGUCGCUCUCCUGCCCGCUCUCCUGGUCGCAGGCUUGAUGACACUGAUGAGAGUCAGCUGGAGAGACUGUACAAGCCUGUGUUUGUCUUGAAGCCACAGUCAUUCAAGUGCGCUGAAGGGCAGACUGCCAGAUUUGACCUGAAAGUAGUUGGUAGACCCAUGCCUGACACUUUCUGGUUCCACAAUGGGCAACAAGUUGUCAAUGAUUACACCCACAAGAUAGUGGUGAAGGAAGAUGGAACUCAGUCACUGAUUGUGGUUCCAGCCAUGCCCCAUGACUCUGGAGAAUGGACGGUCGUUGCUCAAAACAGAGCUGGGAAAAGCUCUGUGUCCAUGACACUUACAGUUGAUGCCAAAGAAAAUUUGAUCAGACCCCAGUUUAUUGAGAAGCUGAGGAAUGUCAGUGUCAAGAAAGGCACUCUGGUUGAGUUGGCGGUCAAAGCCAUCGGAAACCCCCUGCCUGACAUUGUAUGGCUGAAAAACAGCGACAUCAUCUCCCCACAGAAGCACCCAAAUAUCAAGAUCGAGGGCAUCAAGGGAGAAGCCAAAUUCCACAUCCCACAGUCAGUGAGCUCUGAUAGUGCCUGGUACACAGCCACAGCCAUUAACAAAGCUGGAAGAGAUACCACUCGCUGCAGGGUCAACAUUGAGGUAGAUGCUGCUGAACCUGCGCCAGAGAGGAGACUCAUUAUCACCAAAGGAACCUACAAGGCCAAGGACAUAGCAGCUCCAGAGUUGGAACCCUUGCAUCUCCGUUAUGGUCAAGAGCAGUGGGAGGAGGAUGACCUAUAUGACAAGGACAAGCAGCAGAAACCACAGUUCAAGAAGAAACUGACUUCUGUCAGGUUGAAGCGUUUUGGCCCAGUCCAUUUUGAAUGCAGACUGACCCCAAUUGGUGAUCCCACUAUGGUGGUUGAGUGGUUGCAUGAUGGCAAACCCCUGGCAGCUGCUAACAGAUUGCGCAUGGUUAAUGAAUUUGGCUACUGUAGUCUUGACUUUGAAGUUGCCUAUGCCAGAGAUAGUGGUGUCAUCACCUGCAGAGCCACUAACAAGUUUGGAGUUGAUCAGACCUCAGCUACACUGAUUGUAAAAGAUGAGAAGAGCCUUGUUGAGGAGACACAGUUACCUGAGGGCAGGAGGGAAAUACACAGAAUUGAUGAGAUGGAGCGCAUGGCACACGAGGGAGGGCCUUCUGGAGUCACUGGGGAUGAGUAUUCAGAGAAGUCAAAGCCUGAAAUUGUCCUUCUUCCUGAACCAGCAAGAGUGCUGGAAGGUGACAUUGCAAGAUUCCGUUGCAGAGUUAUUGGCUAUCCUACGCCUAAGGUUAACUGGUACCUCAACGGACAGCUCAUUCGCAAGAGCAAGAGAAUGAGGCUUCGCUAUGAUGGCAUUUACUAUCUUGAGAUUAUAGAUAUCAAGUCAUACGAUGCAGGAGAUGUGAAAGUGGUAGCAGAGAACCCAGAGGGCACAGCUGAGCAUCUGGUGAAGCUCGAGAUCACACAGAGAGAGGACUUCAGAUCCAUCCUCCGUCGCGUCCCUGAACCAAAGGCACAUGACACUACUGAACAUGGGAGAGUUAGCUUUGAAGUUGUGAAGGUUGACAGACCAGCUGAUGCCCAGCCAAAGGAAGUUGUCAAACUGAGGAAGACUGAAAGAGUCAUCCAUGAGAAGUCCACAGAGGAGACAGAUGAGUUGAAGAGCAAAUUUAAGCGCAGGACAGAGGAAGGUUAUUAUGAAGCCAUCACUGCUGUGGAGCUCAAGUCCAAGAGGAAGGAUGAGUCCUAUGAGGAUAUGCUUAGGAAGAGGAAGGAAGAACUGCUUCAUCACAUGAAAGAGUUGACUGAGGCUGAGAAGAAGAAAGAGAUGGAGGAGGGUCAACUCACCAUACCCACAAUCAAACCAGAGAGAAUACAGCUCUCUCCCAGCAUGGAAGCUCCAAAGAUCUUGGAACGCAUUGCUAGCCAGACCGUGUCUCAGACCGAGGAAGUUCGCUUCAGAGUCAGAGUUGUCGGCAAACCAGAACCUGAGUGCCAGUGGUUCAAGAAUGGAAUUCUGCUGGAGAAGACCGAUCGAAUUUACUGGUAUUGGCCUGAAGACCACGUGUGUGAAUUAGUGGUCAGAGAUGUCACAGCAGAAGACUCUGCUAGCAUCAUGGUCAAAGCCAUGAACAUUGCUGGAGAGACAUCAAGCCAUGCAUUCCUGCUGGUACAAGCCAUUACAGUUAAUAGCUUUACUCAACAACUAGAGGAUGUGGAAGCGAAAGAGAAGGACACCAUGGCGACCUUUGAGUGUGAAACAAAUGAGCCUUUCGUUAAAGUCAAAUGGAUGAAGAACAAUUCUGAGAUUUUCUCUGGAGACAAAUACAGGAUGCACUCAGACAGAAAAGUUCAUUUCCUUUCUGUACUGACCAUCAACAUGAAGGACGAUGCAGACUACAGUUGUGUUGUUGUUGAAGAUGACCACAUCAGGACCACUGCCAGACUCAAUGUGGAAGGUGCUUCACUGUCAAUUGUGAAGAGGCUGGAGAACAUUGAAGUGCCUGAGACCUACUCUGGGGAGUUUGAGGUUGAAUUGUCUCGAGAGGAUGCUGAAGGUACAUGGUAUUUCAAUGACAAGGAAAUCACUCCCAGCAGCAAAUAUGUUACCUCCUCCCGCCGUGGACGCCAUACCUUGUCUGUCAAAGACAUCAAGAAAGAAGAUCAGGGAAAAUAUACAUUCAAAAUUGCUGAUAUGCAGACCAGUGCCUCCCUGAAGAUGAAACUGCGCCCUGUGACACUGAUGCAACCCCUCACUGACCUGACAAUCUGCGAGGGUGACAUCGCUCAAUUAGAAGUGCGAUUCUCUCAGGAAAACGUUGAGGGAACAUGGAUGAAGAAUGGCCAAGCAAUCUCCGCCACAGAUCGCAUCCACAUCGUUAUCGACAAACAGGUCCACAAGCUGCUUGUUGAAAACGUGAGCAGAGACGAUGCUGCAACAUACUCCUUCGUUGUCCCAGCUCAGGAUAUCUCCACCUCUGGGAAGUUGAACAUUCAAACGAUUGAUAUUUUGAGCCCACUCACUGAUAUUACCGCAGUUGAGGGCACCAAGGCUGUUAUGGAGGCUAAAAUCUCUGCUGCUGAUGUUACCUCUGUGAAAUGGUACCACAAUGACAAACUUGUGAUGCCCAGUGAGAGAAUCCAGAUGCUUGCAAAGGGAUCCAAACAGCGCCUGGUAUUCCACAGGACCUUUGCCUCCGAUGAAGGAACCUACAAGCUAUGUGUUGGCAAAGCUGACUCUAGCUGUAAACUGACUAUUGAAAAAAUUCACAUCACCAAGCAUAUGGAGGAUCAAGUUUGCACAGAGACGCAGAAUAUAACAUUUAAAGUUGAGGUUUCCCACCCUGGUAUUGCCGCUGUGUGGACCUUCAAGAAACAACCACUCAAAGCUGGUCCAAAGCAUAAGAUUGAGGCCAAGGGCAAAAAUUACAGCCUGAGUGUCAUUAAUACCAUGAAGGAUGAAGAGGGAGAAUACGCAUUCGCCGCUGGGGAACAGACAUCCAGCGCAAAGCUUACUGUGUCAGGUGGUGCCAUAAACAGACCACUCCAGGACGUGACUGUGGCUGAGUCUCAGACAGCUGAGCUGGAGUGUGAGGUGGCCAACCCAACUGCUGAGGGCAAGUGGCUCAAGGAUGGACAACCCGUGAACUUCAGUGACAAUGUCAACCAUAUGAACAAUGGAGCUGUCAGACGUCUUGUUAUUACCAUAACCAGACCCAAUGACAUCGGUGAAUACACUUACCAGGUCGCAAACUCCAAGACAACAGCCAACCUGAGAGUUGAGGCUGUGAAAGUCAAGAAGACACUGAAGAACCAAACUGUUACUGAGACACAGGAGGCAGAGUUCAGUCUGGAGCUCACCCACAAGAAUGUGAAGGGCUCACAAUGGAUUAAGAAUGGUGUAGAGAUCAACCCAAGUGAGAAAUAUGAAAUCACAACUGAUGGCCUGGUCCACACCUUGAAGAUCAAGAACUGUGACACACGCGAUGAAUCAGUUUAUGGAUUCAAACUUGGGAAACUAUCUGCUAAUGCUAGAUUGAAUGUUGAGACAAUCAAGAUUGUGAAGAAGCCUAAAGAUGUGACAUCACUAUUGGAUGCCACUGCCUCUUUUGAGCUGAGUCUGUCCCAUGAUGACAUCCCUAUCAAAUGGAUGUUCAAUAACAAGGAGCUUAAACCAAGUGAAAAUGUCAAAAUACUGUCUGAGAGAAAAGCUCACAAGCUGACCAUCCAGAAUGUGAAGACUGACGACCAUGGAGAGUACACAGCUGUAGUUGGAAACCUGCAAUGCAGCGCAUCUUUAUAUGUUGAAGCUCUGCGUGUCACAAAACCCAUCAAGAACAUUGAAGUCCCAGAGACCCACGUGGCCACUUUUGAAUGUGAAGUUUCACACUUCAAUGUCCCGUCCACUUGGCUGAAAAAUGGAGUGGAGAUAGAAAUGAGUGAAAAGUUCAGGAUUGUGGUGCAGGGCAAGCUUCACCAGCUCAAGAUCAUGAACACUAGCAGAGAAGACUCUGCAGAAUACACCUUUGUCUGUGGAAAUGACAGAGUCUCCGCCACUUUGACCGUCAAUGCCAUUUUGAUCACCAACAUGCUGAAAGACCUCAAUGCACAGGAGAAAGACACCAUCACAUUUGAAGUGAAUGUCAACUAUGAGGGCAUCACCUACAAGUGGCUCAAGAAUGGUGUUGAGAUUCCCUCCACAGACAGAUGCCAGAGCCGCACCAAACAGCUAACUCACUCGCUCACCAUCCGAAAUGUUCAUUUUGGUGAUAGUGCGGAGUACAAGUUUGUGGCUGGUUCUGCUGCGUCAGCAGCAAAGCUUUAUGUUGAUGCUCGCGUUAUUGAAUUCACCAAGCAUAUCAAAGAUAUCAAGAUUACAGAGAAGAAGAGGGCCACUUUUGAAUGUGAGAUCUCUGAGCCCAAUGUUCAGGUGAUGUGGAUGAAAGAUGGACAAGAGUUGGACAUUUCCGAAAGAUACACCGUAUCCACCGAGAAAUUCCUGCACCGUCUAAUGAUCCAGUCAGUCCGCAUGUCUGAUGCCGGAGAAUAUUCUGUCGUCGCUGGUGCAAGCGUGUCAAAGGCUUAUCUCACCGUGGAGGGCAAAGAUGUCCGCAUUACAGAGCCUGCUGAGAAGAAAAUGACGGUUGUUGAGAAACAAAGAACGACGUUUGAGUUUGAAGUCAAUGAGGAUGACAUUGAAGGUCGCUGGCUGAGGGACGGUGUUGAGCUCCAGUUUUCCGUUGAGCAGAGGUUUAGUUAUGUUUGCAUUAGAAAGCUCCAUCGUCUGACCAUCACUGAGACCUACAGAAGUGAUGCAGGAGAAUACACCUUCAUCGCUGGCAGGAACAGGACCGUUGUGACACUUCAUGUCAACAUCCCUGAGCCACCUCAGAUCAUUAACCACAUGCAGCCCCUGUCUGUGGAGGCCGGCAAACCGGCUCGCUUCUCUGUGGAAGUGACUGGCGUCCCCCAGCCCCAGGUGUUCUGGUACAAGAACUCCCAGGCUCUCUCCCCAGGCUUCAAGUGCAAGUUUUUGCGUGAUGGGAAUGAACACUGUCUGCUACUCAUUGAAGUGUUCCCAGAGGAUGCAGCGGUCUACAACUGUGAGGCCAAGAAUGAAGGUGGUGUUGCCACCAGUUCAGCUGCACUGAAUGUCGAAGUUUCAGAAGUUGUUUCUCCUGACACUGGAGCUCCUCUGUCCCCACCUACCAUCAUCUCACCAAUCAGCAACACCUCAACCACUGAGGGAGAGUCAGCCAGAUUCCAGUGCAAAGUUACUGGAGAAGCUCUGAAGAUGUCCUGGUACCGUGGAGAGAAGGAAAUUAAGCAGUCAGACUUCUUCAGGAUUUCUACAUUUGAUGACACCUGCCAGCUUGAGAUCAGCAGAGUGUUCUCUGAGGAUGAGGGGGAAUACACCUGUGUUGCCAGAAACGCAGGAGGAAUGGUCACAUGCUCUGCACGUUUGAAACUUGAUGUUACCCAUAUGAAGGAAGAGUUUGAAGCAACCAUUGAGCAAGAAGCCAAAGAAUAUUCUAGGUCGACUGUGACGACAGUGGAAGAAGAACAAGAAUCCUACACCACUGGCCUUCAGUUACCUCAAACAUCCAAAACACUUGAACUCCAGCCAGAGUCUAAAUACUAUUCUAGUACUUUAGAGGAUAAAAAAGAAAAGCCUAUAUUUUUGACCCAACUCUCACCAGCAGCUGUCAAUGUUGGAGAGUCAGCAAGAUUUACUAUCACAGUAUCUGGCCUUCCAAAGCCUACUGUUCAGUGGUUUCAUAAUGGGAAAGUCAUUACUUCUUCAUCAAUUUACAAAUUGGUUCAAGAAAAAGAUGAGUAUACCUUAAUAAUAUCUGAGGUAAAAACAGAGUAUAAAGGCGAGUACACUUGUACAGCUAGCAAUAGAUUUGGCCAGACAACCUGUACUACUUACCUGGAGGUAAGUAAGAGAGCUUCAACUACAGCUGAGCAAUGGGUGGAAAAAAUGUUCAAAGCCACUGUCCAACCUCCAAAUUUCACUAGCCAAAUCAAACCUAUAAAAUGCCAAGAGGGAGGUGAGGCUUACUUUAAAUAUAAAGUAACUGGUGAUCCAAUACCAGAUGUACAGUGGUAUAAAAGUGCUCAUCAAAUUCAGCCUGGUAAGUACUGCAUUAUAAUGAACAACCCAGAUGGCUCUGGCUUCAUCAACAUGAAGGGCAUUCAACAGCAGGACAGUGGUCUCUAUACAUGUAAGGCUUCCAACCCAUCUGGUGAGGCCUCUUGUAGUGCUGACCUAAUUGUUUUCAAAGAGCCUAUCUCUGUAUCUCAGCGUAAGGAACCCAUGGUUGUUCAAAAAGGUUAUAAAGUAUCCAUGACUGCUGAACAAGCUACAGAGACCCGCUUGUACGAGGUCAACCUUCUCGGAGAGAUCAGGGCCAGAGAUCAAGCAGGACAUCAGAUGGUGUACACCAUUGGCACCGAGGACAGCCAGGUUGUUUCCAGUGAGCAAGUACAAACCCUUAGAGAGUUGGAUAUGUCAGCAGCUACGGUCCAAAGAGAAAGGGUCACCCACCAGGCUGCAGUUCUGCAGUCACAUGAGGUACAAGAGAGAGUGUCUGUGGGUGUCACUCGUCCACCUGAAGUUUCAGUAGUUUCUACGAAACAACACCGUACGGCUCCCUUUCAUACAUCUGCUGUUCAGGAUAGCCCACAGCUCACAGAGCAGCACUGUGACCGUAUCCAAAGCCCAGUGGUCAUAGAGCUGCAGUCUUCAAAAGAGAAGCGUUCACAAUUCAUGUCUGCCACUUCCGAGGAGAUAACCACCUUGGCGAGUGUAAGCACGGAGAUGUCAGGUGAAAGGAAGACAGAUAAAGUAAAGCCAACCUCCGAGCCAAAACAUCUUGUCAGUAGUCAUCUUGUUGAAUCCCAACUGUCAAUUUUAAAAGAACGAUCGCAUGAAAUUCCCAAGCCACAGGAGGAAAAAAGUUACAAAGUCAAAGAAGGCAUUAAGAUAUUGUAUUCCGCUAUGUCAACUGAAAAACAGAUGAUUCCUGAGGGCCAUACCACAGAUGUGCCAUCUUCUGACUCUGCUCUACAAUCUUCAGUAACAAAAGAAUCACUCAAACCAAUCCUAGCCUCAGUUUCUGAGACAAAACAAACCUUAUCAAAAGAGACUAAAUUUACCAUGCAGAGGCCAGAGGCAGAAAAGGCUCUCCUUCGUAAAGAUUACAUUAUGAAAUCUGCACUGACAGCUGAGGAAAAGCAGAUCUUACAAGCUGAACACACAAAACAAGUGAAGAGUUUAGAAAGUGCUACCUCAUUAUUUUCUCAGGUAGAAGGUGAACAGGUACUGCAUUUGCAGAUAAUUAGAGAUCAGGAUAUCCUACCAUCUGAGGAACCAUUUACUUGUGAGAAACCAGCUGUAGAACAAGCAGGUGCCAGGAAAAGCCCUACUCUUUUACAUACCGUAACCCACGAUGAACGGAUAUCUGUCACUUGCGAAGAUACGACUGAGUUUGAGGCCAAGAGAGACACAAUGACCAUUCAGCCCCAAAAACAAGCCCCUACCCCACUACAUCUUCAGUCAGUUCAUCCGGGAGGUGCCUUAACCAAAGAGGGAAUUAUUACCAUUGAAAAGCCAGCCCAACAGACAGCAACACAGAAGCAGGAGAAAGCCAGAAAACACGCAGCAUCCUCAGAGGAAAAAAGGGGGCUUAGCGCAGAUUAUUCCAAAGAUCUUGAUGUGUCUGUGACAGGAGUUCAGUCAAAGCUUAGAACAGAACCCAGACCACAGAACAUUCUUCAGGUCACAUCAAAGCCCAUGCAGAUAUCCAAAGAAACACCAUUUACUAGUGAUGCCAAACAGCAGCGUGCAUUAAUACAAAAAGAAGAUCGUUGGAACAUCAUGCAAGUUACAAGUGUGGCAGACAGUCAAGCGUUAGAGGAGGGACAUACUGAGAGUUUGACAGCUGUUGACACAUUUACAUGCAAAUCCGAAAUAGAGCCUAAAGUACCUACUGAGCCCAUACAAAUAGAGGAGAAGGCGAUCGCAACUGAGAGUAGUGUACUUCUAGAAGCAACAGAGCAAGAUUUUGCCAUCCAGAUACAGGAAGGACAGUCUGUUAGACAGUCAAUAAUGAUGGAUGAAAAGCGUAUAUUGAUUGGGGAAAUGUCUCAGCAAAUAACCAAAUCAGAGUCAACAAAAGUUAGCCUUAAAACUCAGCACAAAAUGGCUGUUUUCGUUUCAGAGUCUGGAGAAAGUCGAACUCUUCCAAAGGAGCUCACAUUUGUUAUUCAGAUUCCAAAACCAACAAGUUUGGACAUCAGACGUCAGUUGAAAGAUGCACUUCACUCUGCUGUGGCUCUUGAUCAGCCACUUAUACUAGCAGACGUUGUUGGAAGUUUAGAGGCUACUGAGGUACAGGAAGUGAAGGUACUCAAGGAACCUAGGCGUGCGAUGUUCACUUAUCUUAUCACAACACCAGGUGCCCCUAUGGAAAUAACACUUGCUUUUGAAGGUCAGUACCCCAAGACUGCAGAUCUAAGGACUGAACUCCAGGCAGCUUUCUACUCAAUUAUCUAUCACGAGCAGCAUGUUCUUACAUCUGAGCAACCUGGCACACUGCAAAUCGACAAGCCCCAAAGACUAAAGGUUAGCAGUGCAUCCUCCAAAGAAAUAUUGUCAUCUGUAGUUGAGACAGUAAAAGUAGCAGAAAGUGUAGUUGAUUUCACAACACCUAAAUCUCAGGCUGCUAAACGAAAGACAGAAUCUCGGGCUACACAUGAAACAGCAACAGCUGAGGAACGUAUUGUGGUGCAAGAGUCCAAAGUAACUCAAUCCAACUUGGGCGGUCAAGUAAUGGAAGUUACUACAGAAUCACUUGCUGAGUUUGGACAGACAGUACAGGUGGCCAUACAGGAGGUUAGAACUAUGACUGUAAAAGGUUAUGAGAGAGAUGUAGGUAUAGUUGAUAUCACCACCGAUAUGCCCAUGACAUCCAUUCCAACUGAACAGUCUUUAGAUGUACUCAUCCAAAGAGAACACAGGGAGGAAUUUAUUUCAGAAGACGUCCAAAAAUCUAAAUCUCAAGGAAAUGUAAACGAUUAUCCCAUUAUUGAAACUUUCCUUGAGGACAUUACCACAGAGGAGCAUUGUACGGUUACAUACACUGUGACAGUAAAGUAUGUUACAAAAGCUAAUUGGCUUUUCAAUGGACAAAUCAUUAAAUCUGGCAAAGAGUUCAAGUGUUCUAAAGAACAUGACACAUACACACUUACAAUCAUGAAAAUUAUCAAGGAGAAGCACGAAGGAGAAUAUGUCUUUGAGGCUGUGAAUGAAGCUGGAAAGACCACAACAUCAUCAAGACUCACAGUUGUCUCGAAAGUGCCACCUGUUUUCAGGUACAAAGUUGUUCCCCUGGAGAUCAAUGUUGGCAGUGAAGCCAAGUUUGAAUGUGAAAUUGAAGAGGCACCAAAUGUGAACUUCAAAUGGUUCAAGUCUGGCACUUCGAUCAAAGAGAGUGCAAAUUGUCACAUUCUCAGUCGGCAACUGACAUCUUCAUUGGAGCUUCUGAGCCCAACCAAAGCCGACAGUGGUGAAUACACCUGCAAGGCUACAAACCAACAUGGCAGUGACACCUGUGCCGCCAAACUGACAGUGACUGAGAUGUACCCGCCAGUAUUUAGUACAAAGCCUGAUCACAUGACUUUAUAUGUGGGCAAACAAGCAACCUUCCAGUGUGUAGUUACUGGCUCUUCACCGAUGACUAUUGUCUGGCACAAAGACAACAUUGCUAUCUCUCCGGGGGGAAGCUAUCAAAUAUCAUCUGACAAGACCAAAUAUUCCCUACAAAUCAAAAAUCUUCAGCUGAACGAUCAGGGCACAUACCUUUGCAAAGCAUCGAACAGUGUUGGUACUGUUACAUGCAGUUCAGAGUUGAGGGUUAUCAACAAACCCAGUUUCAUAAAGACCUUUGAGGUCUCAGUGUCUUCAGCCGUUGGUAACACACUGCGGCUCGAAGGUCAAGUGGAUGAGGACACUGGAGUGUCCAUCACCUGGAUGAAAGAUGGCAAAAAGCUUCAUCAAACAAUGGAUUGUAAACAAUCUUUUGAAGACAAGGUUGUCGUUCUUGAAAUUACAAAAGCAAAACUGAAAGAUUCAGGGAAAUAUGUAUGUACAGCUUCAAAUGAUGCUGGGAGUGCAACUUGUCCUACCACGUUGACGGUACAAGGUAAGGUCUUCGAGUAG